AUGUCGGACACCACAAUUAAAAUGUUCACCGACAACUAUUUUACUGAAAUCGAAGAAAAAAUAAUCAAAGGGAGUUUUGGUAUAAAUAUAAAGAUAUUGUUUGACGUUGAAAUAAAAUCCGAGUUAAGUUUUUCUAAACAUCAAACAGAUACUGCUGCUCAAAUAUGGGCCUUUGAAGAAUCGAAUAUUUUAAGACCGGAAAUCUCCGCAUCUUUAAUUGACUCAAAAAAAAAGGAGGCUGAUAUAUAUCGUCGAACGAAGGGCGAAUGUUGUAUAUGCGCCUAUAAUAUAACAGAUGAAGAUGUUAAUUCAAGAGGAUUGGCGAAACUACCUACAAAAUUAAUUUAUGUCGACAAAUGGUGUGUGUUCGACACAGUUAAAUUGUGUAAUAAUUGUAUAGAGAUGGCAUCGAAUUAUCGUACAAUUUCCUAUGUAUGGGGAUCAGGAAUUUGUUGUAAAGCAAACCAAUACAUUCAAAAUACUACAGAACAUCUCAUAGAUCAUAACGGCGCACGAAUGAGGAGGAUAUUAGAAGUUAUUAAAAAAACGGGGGCUGGCAAAUACGUAUGGAUGGAUAUGUUCUGUAUCGACCAAAGCGACGCGGUAACUAAGGGAGCUGAAAUAGCAAGAAUGGCACACUAUUAUUCCUGGAGUCAUUCCACGAUUAUUUUUCUUGAUAUUGAUUUGUCAUUAUCUGGAUUGGUUCUGGCAAAAGAAAAUUAUUAUGUAAAAACAUUGGAUUCAUUAACGAUGAGAAAUAAACUUUUAACGAUAGCUGGCUUGCGGCAGCCUCUUAUUUGUAAUGAAUGGUUCACCAGAGUAUGGACUUUGCAGGAGUGGAUGCUUGCCCAAAAAGUAAGAAUAUGUUUGAUAGAUUCUGCACAAAUGGAUGUAAAUUAUGCGUUCCUAAGCUAUGAUUUCCUCAACGCAUUGAUGACUUUUGAUGAAAAAGUGCUGUACGACUGUAUUACUCAAGAAGAUAGAAAAAAUGCACUAAAAUUAUACAGUAAUCUCGGUCGGUCAGAAUUUAUAGAUUAUACUAAUAGUAUGUUUGAACUUCGACGGUAUGAUAGUAGUCUAUCUGCAUCUUCUGCGAUUCAAUUGGGGGGCCGACGGUUUUGUAAAAAUGAACAGGAUAAAAUUGUGGGAGUAAUUGGAUUAACCGGCAUAUCAGCAGUGAGAUCGUACCCAUCUUCGCUUACAGAAGCUUUAGAAAAUUUUAUACAAGAAUCAAUAGCUAUAGGUGACUACUCAUUGAUCGUUGGACCGUAUUCUACUAACCAUAAUUUGGGAUGGAGAUGCUUAAUCCCUAUAGAUAUCGAAGAAAUUAGAUUUUCAGGUAGGACACAUAGGCUGUUAGGACAGCCUGGAAGUGUUAUUGAAGGAAUCGGGAUUAAACUGAAUUUAGUAGACACAAAUUACAACGUUGCCCAGUAUACUGAAGCAGGCAAUUAUAUGCGAAUGAAAAUGAUCGAUAUCACCAAAUGGCAAGCGAUUAAGGAUGUAGUGGAUUUGCAGAUAACUGGAUAUUUCUACACAGAUAGUAAAGACAUAAUUGGUGCGCGUUUAUUUGUUGUUAGACCUUGUAGUAGAUAUGGCUCAUCUACAUUCGGAUUAUUAUUGAAUCAAGUAAAUAGAGACCAUUGGCACUGUGUAGGAAAAUCUAAUAAUUUGAAAGUUAAAGCAAACACAUCCUUAAGCGUUGGAGGAUUUGAAACAUUACGAAAUACCUCGAUAAUAAUUGGUCAUUAA